GAUGCAUGUCUAUUAGCGCUCUGCCGGUAAGAUCUUCCCACGCGGCAAGUUUUUCCCUGUCCAGGGCGGCCUACGCAGUAAGUACAUACCGUCGUCUGAGACGAGACACCCAGCAAGAUCUCGAUUUGAGUGUAACGGUGUGCAAUGGCAGCCAACUCAGAUUGGCCAAUGGUAAGCUUUGAGGAGCUGUGCACGGUUGACCACCAGUUAGUUAGCGCGUCAUCCCUGCACAGAAAUCCCCAAGCUUUCAGCCUCGCCCGCUUCUUUUUGUGGUGGUGCUGGCCUUCCAAGUCGGACCUCAGCGCCCAGAUAAUCCACAGAUCCAGCAGCCAUGUCCGACUCUGAGUCUGCGGACGGCAAGCCUCGAACCGAACCCCCUACGAAGCGCAGAAGGGUCCACGAUGACAGCGCCGACUCCACACCCGGCUACCGCUCACCAAACGAUGGUCGCGAUGGCCAUGAUCGGCGGCCCAGCUCUGCUAAACCCAAAGACGAACCCCCGCACAGCUUGUCGAUUCGGCGAGGCCGGCCAUCGAGCGCCUCGUCUCCAAGUAGGAGCCCCAACGUAAACGGGAGAACAGACCGCUACCGCAGCAGCACUCCCACCAGCUCACAAGUUCCAUCCCGGUCGCGGUCUAGAUCCCGAUCGCGACGGCGAGAAAGCAGGUCCUACACACACUCCCGCUCCCAAUCUAGGUCACGCUCCAGGUCACGCUCCAGACCCCGAUCGCACACCGACUCGGAACACUCCAGGUCACGGUCCCAAUCACAAUCCCGAUCCCGAUCCCGAUCCCGCAGAUCGCACUCGGCAGCCUCGUCCAACCCGCAGCGGCGCUCUCGCUCUCCCCGCUCCGCCGCCGCCGCCGCCACUCAGUGGCCGCUCCGGCCACGGCCGGCCUACCGGCCUCGGCUGGAGCUGCGCGGGCACUCAGCGGGGGUCAGCCAAGUGCGCAUCUCGCCGGACGGGCGGUGGAUCGCGUCCGCGUCGGCGGACGGCACUGUCAAGGUGUGGGACGCCGCGACGGGGGCGCACAUGGACACGCUGGUGGGCCACAUGGCUGGCGUGUCGUGCGUCGCCUGGGCGCCCGACAGCAACACGCUCGCCACGGGCAGCGACGACAAGGCCAUCCGCCUGUGGGACCGCGUCACCGCCAGCCCCGCCCACGCCUGCGGGGAGGCCGGGAGUCUGAGGGUCGAUCGCGGCGUCCGCGGGAGGGGGGGGGGUCGCGGUGGUAGGGGGGUCGGGGGAGGAGGAGGGGGUGCGAGGGGCGGGCGGACUGGUCGGGGCCCGUUGCUGGGCCACCACAAUUACGUGUACUGCCUUGCGUUCUCGCCCAAGGGGAAUAUCCUGGCCAGCGGGAGCUACGACGAGGCCGUCUUCUUGUGGGAUGUGCGGGCCGGGAGAUUGAUGAGGAGUCUGCCCGCUCAUAGCGAUCCGGUCAGCGGGAUCGAUUUCUGCAGAGACGGGACACUCGUCGUCAGCUGUUCUACGGAUGGGCUCAUCCGCAUCUGGGACACCUCGACAGGCCAAUGCCUCCGGACCCUCGUACACGAAGACAAUCCCGCGGUCGCAAAUGUCUGCUUCAGCCCCAACGGCCGCUUCGUCCUGGCCUUCAGCCUCGACAACUGCAUCCGCCUGUGGGACUACGUUUCCGGGUCGGUCAAGAAGACGUAUCAGGGCCAUAAGAACAAGGGCUUUUCCGUGGGAGGCUGCUUCGGCGAGUUGGCCGACGGCGACGGAAACUGCGGUUCCGGGAGCGGAGCGUUUAUUGCGUCGGCUAGUGAGGACGGAGAUAUCGUGUUGUGGGACGUCAAGAGCAAAGAGAUUGUCCAGCGGAUCGCGCGGGCACAUAAGGAGACAUGCUUGUGGGUCGAUGUCCACGGCGACACGAUGGUCAGUGCGGGGAAGGACGGCGUGAUUAGGGUCUUCAAGAACAAGGCCGCGAAGAAGAUGGUUGGAAACGGGGACGCUGUCAACGGGGCUGGUACGGCUACGGAUACGGAUACGGACCUAAAUGGUGCGAACAAGCCUGCCGAGGAGAGUGACACGCCCGACGUCCACGCGGCUGACGACGAGUUGCAGCGCCAUAUGGCGGCUGAGGAUACAUCGCAUAUCAAGCAGGAGGAUGUCAAGGUGGAGGAGCCGUGAUGACUUGACGAUCAACUUUGGCGGAUGCGAUGCACUGUACGCUGACUAUGAUAGCAUCAUGCUACUACUCGGAAAGGCGAAGCUUCUCGUUUGACUUGCGUCCUGCCACCUCUGUAGAUGGACCGGCUUAUUCACGAUGUGACAUAUGACGUCGUGGCCUGUUGAGUUUCUGUGACAUGGGCUACACGAAGCACGGCAUAGAAAAGCCGU